GAAGAAGAAACAAACAUGGCGGACGAUCACACAGACGCAGAUCAGUCCAUGGAGGGACACACACCUGUCUCUGAAAACCCUCACGCAGACUUCGGCCUGACAGAGAACAUCCAGAGGACGGUGGACAAUGAGAAGACGAGCUCAGAGAAGUUGACCAAGCAGAAGGUAGACCUGCAGGCGCUGCCGACCCGGGCCUACCUGGACCAGACCGUGGUACCGAUCCUACUGCAGGGCCUGUCGGUGCUCGCCAAGGAGAGGCCUCCGAACCCCAUCGAGUACCUGGCAGCGUUCCUGCUGAAGAACAAGUCUCAGUUCGAGGACAGAAGUUAAAGUUUGUUGUGUUUCUUUGUCAAGUCUUUUUUUAUAUAUAUAAAUGUCAAAUAAAAGCAUGAUGGAAAAAAAUAA